AUGUUCAUCAAGAAGCAUGGCAUGCUUAACUCCGUACUUAAAUAAUUGUGUCCAAGUUACACAUAAGUUUAAAAAGCGUGCAUCUAUUUGAAUAAUUCCAGUUAUUCAUUUUUUAUUGGAACAGUAUAUAAUACAAAGAAUAUAGAUUAUCAUUAAUUGGAUCAGAAAAUUUAAGAAUGGAUUCAAAAUAUUUAUUGACAAAAAACUCUGACAUACGGCUCAUUUCGACGAAUUUUGCAACUAAGCGGAAAACUGAAACAGCCAAAUCUGAUAUGGACGUUAAAAAUAAAUUCAACUACACUCUAUCCACGUCUCGAAAUACACUACCAAUAUUACCAGCUAGUAAAAAAAAUUGCAUUGGACAACAAAAUAAAUCGUUACCAGUAUUCAACUGCCGACAAAGAAUAUUAAAGGAAAUAGAAAUUAAUGACACUGUUUUAAUAAUGAGUGAGACAGGAUCAGGAAAAACAACACAAAUUCCGCAGUUUCUUUUACAUGAAGGGUAUGCAAAGAGUUACAUGAUUUGUAUUACUCAGCCACGUCGAGUAGCAGCAAUCACAGUCGCAAGACGUGUUGCGCAUGAGUUGUCAAGUAGUAUUGGCGAUAUUGUGGGGUAUACAGUUCGUUUCGAGGAUGCUACUUCAAAGAAUACAAAAAUUCGUUAUUUGACUGAUGGUGUAUUAUUACGGGAAUCUAUAGAAGACCGCCUUUUGCUAAAAUAUUCUGUAAUUAUUCUGGAUGAAGCUCAUGAACGAACUGUAAAUGCCGACUUAUUAUUUGGAAUAGUAAAAGAAGCUCAAAAAGAAAGAAGAAGACAAAAUGUAUCCAAUUUAAAAGUCGUGAUUACUUCUGCGACGAUGGAUAUUGAUCAUUUCGGAAGAUAUUUUAAGUGUAAGGGGUUGUAUUUAGAGGGAAGAACGCAUCCCGUCCGUGUAAUGCAUGCCAAGGAACCAAUUGAUGACUAUAUCCACGCGGUACUGGUUACUCUGUUUAAUAUUCAUCGCACUGAACCAAUAAACUAUGACGUUUUAAUCUUCUUAACAGGACAAGACGAAAUUGAAUCAUUGGCUCAACAAAUUCGACAACUUUCCAAGAUGGAUAUAAAUGGACCUACUAAUCUUCGUGUCUAUACACUGUACGCGCAAUUAUCACAUAGCAUGCAGCUGGAAUGUUUUUUAACGGGUCCAUCAAAUAUACGGAAAAUUGUCUUAGCCACAAAUAUAGCUGAAACGUCGAUUACCAUUCCUGGUAUACGCUGCGUCAUCGAUUGUGGAUUUGUAAAAGAAAAAUUUUUUAACUCCAUUGACGGAAUUGAUAUUUUAAAAACCGUUAGAAUAUCAAGGGCACAAGCAUGGCAACGUACUGGGCGUGCAGGUCGUGAUGCAUCUGGAAUAUGUUACCGGGCAUAUACAAAAGGCGAAAUGGACUCUUUUAUGAACUCGACUCAGCCGGAAAUUCUUAGAACAAAUCCGACAUCAACAGUGCUUCAACUUUUGGCUAUGGAUGUAGACUGCAAUAAUUUUGAUUUUUUAGAUACUCCAUUAGAUGAAUCACUGACUAGUGCAUAUAGAAGUUUGGAUGGUCUUGGGGCUAUUGAAUAUGGACCUAUAUCAUAUAUUACGCCUCUAGGUCGUUUAAUGUCCCAGUAUCCAUUAGAUCCAAAAUAUUCUAAAUUAUUAACAUCAGCUUCAUCGUUUGGUUGUAUGGAGGAAAUGCUACGUCUAGUUUCUGUCCUUUCGAGUGAUAAUGUUUUUGUUUCAAGCAGCUCUAAAAGUGAAUUGGCUACACUUGCCCAUGCCAAGUUUCACUCUAAGCAUGGAGAUCAUUUAACUCUGCUGAAUGUUUUUAAUUUAUUUUUAAAGGCUGAAAAGCCAAAGGUGUGGUGUCACGACAAUUAUUUAAAUUAUCGCUGUCUAAUAUACGCUCGUAACGUUUGUCGCCAGUUGUCAGAUAUAAGCCUGCGAUUGGGCCUGACUAUAAACAACUCCGAAAACAUUGAAUCGUUUAAAAAAUGUCUUUUAAAGGGAUUUUUUGAGAAUAUUGCUACAUUGCAAAAGGAUGGUUCUUACUUAACUUAUUCCGGACAUCUUAAGGCAAAAAUUCACCCUUCAAGUGUUUUUCACCUAAAGUACAAGCCCAAAUGUAUAUUGUUUACUCAAAUGAUUCAGACUGAUAGUAACUUUCUUCGGCAAGUCACAGAUAUAUAUAUGGACUGGGCUAAAGAAAUAGUACCAUGUCUUAGAAAUGGCCUCAAAUAAAAUACACGAUAAUUUUUAGAAUGUACGUUUUGGAUUAUUUCUGUUUCUGAUAGAAACUUUGUUCUGUUUACUUGUUAAGCUUAGUACUUAAAUCAACAAUUCUGCACAAUUUUUUUGUUUGCUGCUUACAACUUUAGUUUGUUCAAAAUGUUUUUAAAAAUAAGUGCCUGCAGAAAGGAGAAUGAAACAGUUAUAUACAAGCCAACGACGUAAAUAUUGAAUAAAUGCGUUUUUUAUAAAAAUAAAAAA